GCACACAGUAUUCCCAACAUGGAUUUUACUACUCCCCUCGUGGCAGUGGAUGUCGCACCGUUAUCAUGGUGGCCAAGGCUUUGGGUCUGGAGUUGAACAAGAAGCAGCUGCGCCUCACGGAGGGGAGCACUUGAAGCCAGAGUUCCUUAAGCUCAAUCCCCAGCACACCAUUCCCACAUUGGUGGAUAAUGGGUUCUCCAUUUGGGAGUCCCGCGCCAUCGCCGUCUAUCUGGUGGAGAAGUACGGCAAGGACGACUCCCUCUUCCCCAAGGAUCCCCAGAAACGUGCCUUGAUCAACCAGCGCCUUUACUUCGACAUGGGAACAUUGCACGAUUCCUUCAUGAAAUACUACUACCCCUUCAUCCGAACUGGACAGCUUGGAGCUGCCGAGAAUUUCAAGAAGGUCGAGGCUGCCUUUGAAUUCCUAAACAUUUUUCUGGAGGGACAGGACUACGUGGCUGGUGAAAAGUUCACAGUGGCCGAUAUCGCCAUCCUCUCCAGCGUUUCCACUUUCGAAGUAGUUGAGUUCGACAUCAGCAAAUAUCCAAAUGUGGCCAGGUGGUACGCCAAUGCCAAGAAGGUGACUCCCGGUUGGGAGGAGAACUGGGAGGGCUUGCUGCAAAUGAAAUCGAACACAAAAUUACCAAAAAUGGAUUUCUACUACUCGCCUCGUGGAAGCGGAUGCCGCACAGUGAUCAUGGUGGCCAAGGCCUUGGGUUUGGAGCUAAACAAAAAGCUAGUGAACACCAUAGAUAAGGACCAACUGAAACCGGAGUUCGUGAAGCUCAACCCUCAGCACACCAUCCCCACUCUGGUGGACAACGGACUCUCCAUUUGGGAGUCCCGAGCCAUUGCCGUGUAUCUGAUUGAGCAAUACGGCAAGGACGACUCUCUCUUCCCCAAGGAUCAGAAGCAGGCCCUGGUCAACCAGCGCCUUUACUUCGAUAUGGGGACUCUAUACGAUAGCUUCGAAAAGUACUACUACCCACUUUUCCACACUGGCAAGCCCGGAUCUGACGACGACUUCAAGAAUAUCGAGACCACACAAAACUUUGAAAAGCUUGUUGCUGCCUUUAAUCUCCUCAACACCUUUCUGGAGGGCUAGGAUUACGUGGCCGGAAGUCAGUUGUCCGUGGCCGACAUCGUUAUUUUGGCCACCGUUUCUACAACCGAAAUGGCGGAAUUUGAUUUGAAGCAAUUUCCGAACGUGGUCAGGUGGUAUAAGAAUGCCCAAACUGUUACCCCUGGUUGGGACGAAAACGUAGAAUAUAUUAAAAGUGCCAAAAAAUUCUUUGCUGAAAACUUAAUAGAGAAAUUGUAA